AUGACGUGGUACGCGGAAAGACAGGCAGAUAUGGUAGUUCCUUGGCCAGAGCAACAGGGUGAAGCAUGUCUUCCAAUCUCACGUUGUAAACAAGCAUAUCUACCAGUCUUGUACAUCCGGUGUUCACCCAAUUCAGAGCUGAAAGAAUUACACGAGGAAAGACAAAUAUACUCGCCCGAACGCGGGUCUCUUCUACUCAAGCAAUCUCAGCCUGAAUUGGAAAAUCGUGUCGCCAUACCUAGGGCGAAUACGUUUGGAAAAACGACACCGGAGAACGGACGACACGGACUGCAACGUGAAGGACGAUGGAUUUUGGACAGCCGGACUCGAGGAGGUGAAAAGCCAUUCAAGGAGGUGAAGGUGAAAGUCCUACAACGACAUCCGAGAAGGCCCAGAGAUACACAUAAAGAGAGCUUUACUUCAAAAGAAAAGCGAUUAUAUGAUGUAACUUGUUCAAGAGAACAGGUACAGUAUCAUAAUAUUAAACGCAACUGGAAUCAUGCUUUUAAGUAUCACACAGGAGAAAAUAUACUUAGUUUGAAUAAAAAAAUAAUGUUCCUAACAUUGAAUAUUAAAUUAUUCUACGAUUGCAAAGCAAUAAAUUACGGUUGCCACGAUGAAUUACAGUAUAGAAAUAGCCUCUGGAGUCGUCUGCGCAAAUUAAAUAGGCUAGAAAAAAAUAACUUGAAU